CACCGGAUGAAAAAUUCGAAAAACGAUUUCUUCUACAGGCUUUGCGUCAAUUCAUGAUUCGUCCCAACCUGCAAGGAGCAUGGCAUCAGGCUCGUGAUUCCGCAGAGGCUGCUCUAUUAACCAAACCAGAUGCCAACGGUCGACUGGCUUUGUUCCCUUGGGCUAAUGACGCUGCGUUUCGUCAAAUUUCUGGCGUUUUGUCUCACAAUGUACAACGUAAAAAGGAACUGGGCGGAUACCAAGCAUCUACCGAAAAGCUAGAUGCUUCGAUAUCACGCCUGUCCUCAUCCGAUCUUGCAUGUUUCUCCACUUUUAAUUUAUCAGUUGAGGCUGCCGAUAAUCAUCAGUGCACUAAAAAAACAAAUGGAGUCCGUUUGAGAGAUCUUGCCACGAGCUUCGAGUUUGAAAAUUUGCAAUUUGUUCACAUCUCUCGUCGCGGGAUAUUCGUUUGCUCCUCAUGUGGUCUUCCCGGUGAACACAAUAGCAAUGGAGUAUGCGCCCCACCAAUUGACUCCAAUGCAGUCGCAGCAAACGGUGGCGCUUGUGGGGGUUUGUCUGUAUCUACAACAGAUGGUUUAUCGAAUCGUUAUCCGGAUAUUCGCCCUUGUGCUGGUGGAUGCGGGAAUUACGUUCAUCCAGGUUGUGCGAAAUCGAUCAAGCUGCCCCCUUUACACAAAUCAAAACUUGUUCUCCAUACAGGCGAUGGUGCUCACCCAGAAGGUGACGCACACCUUGAACUGCCUUCGGCCUCCUCCUCCACUAUCGAGCAUGCGAAUGGAUUGUCGCUUUUCCAAGUUGGUUUCUCUUGUGAUUUGUGCCUCCAGCAUCUGCGACGCUGCUUUAUUUGCGGUUCAACCCAACCGUGCCCUCAAAUUUUCCCCGGUGCCCUAUCCUCAUUCGAGACCUUGCCUAACACGAGCGGUAGUCGCUCUGUCACCUCAGUGUCUGACGUUUCUCCCACUGAUCAUGAUAAUACACAACGCUCAGCUGAACCGAUUCACAAUGCGAUUGCAAAUACCGCAGUAUGUCAGAACGAUAUUGUGAAGCAGGGUUCGGCACAGCAGGAUCAAAUGAUUCGUUGUUCUGUUAAAAGCUGUUCCCGCUGGUACCAUCCCAGUUGUUUACGCAAGCCUCCAUUUUCCACGGUGGUUCGCGAUCGACGCGCCGGCUCCUUUUGGUGCCCAGCACACGCCUGUCUUGCUUGUGCUGUUGAAACACCCGGUACCCUCCCCAGGCCCACACCGACAUUCAUACGCUGUUUGCUCUGCCCUGCCGCAUAUCACCCAGGCGAUUGGUGCCUUCCAGCUGGAAGCAAGCAGGUUCGUUUUUUCAUGCAUUACUGUUUUUUUCCACCCACUCAGAUUCCUGAUAAAUUCAUGUGCGAAGACUGUUCUGGCGGUCGUUUUCCUCGCUUUGGUGAAAUCGUAUGGUCUCGUCUGCCUCCCAACCUCAACACUUAUCAACCCCAUGUGGCAAAAUCAGAUGUGUCGAAAGUGGACAUCGAUUCAAGUGACGACGAAGCAGCAACCCUACGGAACGAAUAUGCCUCUUUAACAGCCGGAAUGUACUGGUGGCCCGGUGAGAUCGUACACCCGCGACAUUUAUCUGAAUCGAACAUUGCAGUUGAAACACAGCCAGGUUCUUUCGCAUACAAGGCUGUGGACAAAAUCAGUCAACAGGUUUCUAACCCAACUGAACAUCCGCUCGGUCUGUUUCCAGUUAGGCUGUUUGGCUUAACUACUCAUUCAAAGGGUGAUGAUCUGAUACCAAUCGUCGUCUGGAGUACUCGAGCGCGGUUGUUCCCUUACGAGGAGGGUGAUGACAAGCGUAGUGCUGACUCUAGUAUGAAUUCCACUGGGGAUGAAGAAGACGAGCUGAUGGGAAAUCAUGAACAACGGUGUAAUUCCUAUCAAGACGAUGGCGAGGACGAAGAUCCGUUGCUACAAUUGAGCAAAGUAGGCGAUAAAGACCAAACCAAUCCAGAUAAAGACGAAACAGGUUUGCAACAUUCACCAUUUCCCAACUUGCGACCACGGCCUGCUCGUGUUCAAUCAAAGAAAUCGGUUCGUCGGAAGUUCAGUCAAAACGCUUCCAUUGAUCCCACUCUGCUAGCUCAGCGGAAGUUAGUCUAUUCUUCAGCAGUCAAGCAAGCCGCUGAUGGUUGGUCUAAACGUCGUGAGAAGUUCAAUCAACUACUCGGUCGUACUAGGCGGCCAGACUACUACAAGCCGAUAAAGGUUAAUUGGCCCUUGGGUUCUGUCCGCGUGUAUCGAUUGACUGAUCCAUCUGAAGCUCCUCGAUGCGAAUGCCAACCAAACUCGGACACGGAACCCUGUGGACCAAGUAGCAACUGCAUCAAUCGUGAAUUACAUUACGAAUGCCUACCCAGCGUAUGCCCAAACGGGAAUGCUUGUCAAAAUCAACGGUUCACCAAGCGGUUGUACCCGGCUCAACGACCCUUUUGGACCGGGGAAGAACGCGGUUGGGGCCUUAAAACCCUAGUCCCCAUUCGCUCUGGUGACUUUGUUAAUGAGUAUAUCGGGGACUUGAUUGACGAGGAAGAGGCUAACCGUCGUUUACGCUUUGCUCAUGAGAACAAUGUGACUAACUAUUACAUGAUGAAACUGGACUCUCAACGAAUUAUUGAUGCCGGACCGAAAGGAAAUCUAAGCCGGUUUAUGAACCAUUCAUGCAAUCCGAACCUGAAUACGCAGAAGUGGACAGUGAAUGGAGACAAUCGGAUUGGUUUGUUCGCAGUUCGUGAUAUUGCGGCUGGCGAAGAGCUCACAUUUGACUACAACUUUGUGGCCCUUGGACAAGAACGCCUGAAUUGUCGAUGUGGUGCACCAAAUUGUACAGGUUUUCUGGGAGCCUCCAGUUCUUCCAUAUCACAGUCGAUUUCUAAUGGGUGUCACACGAGCCACAAAGGUGCUGAAGAUCUCCGUUUGCAGAAACCAGCUCACGGUACUGGUGUGAAAUGCGCCAGUUCAGCGGAGACUGCACCGGAUGAUAAAGCCGUGCAUAAAGGACACCGUGAAUACCAUUGCUUUAGUGCUGUCGAGCACAGAUCGUGUUUGAACGAAGAAUCAGGUCCUACGAAAGUAGUUCCCAUGGAGUUUAGACACAAGGAUUUAACCGCGAACUCACCGGAUCCAUCUGUGGUUAAUGAAGAUUCAUCCGAUGCGGUCAAGCGGCGAUGUACAUUAAAGACUGUCGGUGUUAAACAUUCUGACGCACUCGGAAGUGAGAUGGCUCAUGUAGACCCUCGCGGAAAAGAUAUGAUCAUAUUUUGCUCGAAAUCGGAUUGCGAUAAAGCAUAUCAUCUGGGCUGUUUGGAUAUAGACAGUCCCCCGUCAGGUUAG